AUGGAGAAAGAUAAAUCCCACAAAGCUGGUGAAGGUGUUGAUAAGUUUUGCGCGCCUGCUGAGAAUGAAGAACCACGAGAUGAUAGCUCACGUCGUAGUAUGUCCUCGGAGGCUGGCACUGCAACUUGCCGAGUUUGUCAAUGUGUCGAACCUGAUAGAAAGGGCAAUGUUGCUCUGGAAUUCUUGGGUAUUUUUCCACCUCCGCGUAACCUCGUGAUUGCCGACGAGGAAUUGAAUCCUAAGAUAUUUGCCUCAGGAAAUACUGAAAACAAUUCCUGUUACAGAAGUGAAUCAAGAGGAUCAGAGUUUGUUGAGUUUAUCAGCCCAAAAGGAGAGGUUUUUAUUUGUAAUGCUGAUGUAGAAUUAGGCUUGGAUAACAGUCAGGAUAGGCUAAUUGAGCUUGGAUGUUCCUGCAAAGGUGACCUUGCUUUAGCACAUUAUGCUUGUGCGCUAAAGUGGUUUAUCAACCAUGGAUCAACUGUUUGCGAAAUCUGUGGAUUCGUGGCAAAUAAUAUAGGAUCUGCCGAUUUAAAAAAGGUUUUAGGUUCUCUGAAAGAAUAUGAAACACUACGAGAAAGAAUUGUUAACGGUCAGCCUAACCCUGCACCAGCCCAGGUAAGUCACAGUGUGGACCCUGAUGCUGUUGCUGCAAUUCGGAUGCAAAGGUUGAGUGAAAUUUCAUUGUGGUUCAAUCCUCAUAACAACAGCUCUGUAGCUGUUUCCCACGUGGUCAGUGAACAACCUUCAACUUCUGUUACAGUCAUGGAAGAAGUACCCCCUGUUGAAAAUACCGCUACUAAGUGGGCUGUGGAGGGUACUGGGAUCCUGCUUGCAACGGGCCUGCUGACUGUCACUCUUGCAUGGCUCCUGGCUCCUCAUGUUGGAAAGAAAGCUGCUAAAAAUGGCCUGCAUAUUCUUCUAGGAGGCGUUUGCGCCUUGACAGUUGUAGUUUUCUUCCGAUUUUUUGCUCUAACCAGAAUCAAGUACGGGCCUGCUCGAUACUGGGCCAUCUUGUUUGUAUUUUGGUUUCUUGUGUUUGGGAUAUGGGCAUCAAGAACACACAAUGCUCAUGCAACGUGA